CUCGUUUUGCGGCAGGUCGCUCUCUGAAGUUCAGAAGCCAGCAUAACGACACAUGAAUCUGACAUUAGCAGUCAGUAGUGAUUGAAGUUAUGAUUACAGACGAUCGCAACACAGGAUCUUAGCAGAGGAAAUGGCUAGUACCAUGGUGGCCGUGGGCCUUACCCUGGCAGCAGCAGGGUUUGCAGGUCGCUAUGCAAUGCAAGCUAUGAAGCAUAUGGAGCCACAAGUGAAACAAGCUCUGGAAGCAUCCACAUCUGCUUUUGGUAGCGGAUACUACAGAGGUGGUUUUGAACCAAAGAUGGCCAAGAGAGAAGCUUCGCUUAUUCUUGGCAUCAGUCCUACCGCUAACAAAAACAAGAUCAGAGAGGCACACAGAAAACUGAUGAUUUUAAACCAUCCUGACCGAGGAGGAUCCCCAUAUCUGGCGGCAAAAAUCAACGAGGCUAAAGAUUUACUUGAUGGACAGAUGAAGAAAUAGAUUAGAGCCCUGUCUGAUGCACUUGAAUUCUUACGUGAUCAUUAAACACUAUCUUGUCAUCUA